AUGACCUUUUUCGGCUACUUGGAUUUAAUGCGCUUGCCUAUUCUGUCACUUCAUAAUGCAAAUAGCAUCUUUGCGGCCAAUCGUGACGAAUACCUCAAUCGCCCAACUUCCCUUGCAGAAUGGUGGCAUCCCACGAUCCUUUCUGGCGUGGAUUUGUUUCGCACAGAACACGGAACAUGGCUAGGGAUAUCCUUAUCAGGGCGCUUUGCUGCACUCACAAACUACCGUGAGCCAUUUCCUCCAGAUCCAGAUACCGUUUUAUCCCGCGGACUAAUGGUUCGAAAUAUCCUCGAAUCGGACAUUGAUCUGGAACAAUAUAUGGAGUUUUUGAAAAAACAUAACGAUUGGUAUGGAGGCUUUAAUUUAAUUGCUGCUGAUCUAGGAACGACUGAGCCAAAGGCCUUUUAUUAUGCGAACAGAGAGAAACAGGAUGUCACCGUUCUGGACAAGAAAGAGAUCUAUGGCUUGUCCAAUUCGGUACUUGGCAACCCAUGGCCCAAAGUCGAGAAUGGUAGGAAGAGUAUGGAACGGUUAUUAAGCGAGUUUACCUCGGAAGAAGAUUUGAUCGAGAAAUUGUUUAGCUCGUUGAGUACAACGGUCCCAAUCUCUGUCUCUCAACCGACAUCAAUAGACAAGAUUGAAGAAAUCAAAUCAACCAUUCGCGUUCCGGUAAUCAACAUAGGUGAACUCUAUGCGACACGUACGAGUACAGUCAUUCUAGUGGAUCAUAACGAUCGAGUGGUGUUUGUUGAGCGAACGCUUUACAACGAGCUCACGCAGAAAUGGGAGGCAGUCGAUAAGAAAUUCGAGUUUCAUAUUGGCAAGAGUGCAAAUGUGGGCGAACCAGCGCCGGGAAGAACAAAAACGAGCGUUGUGAACGACUUGGAGUCAGAAAGUGAUAAAACAAACCGGAUUUGCAAUAACUCAAAGAUCUGA